AUGUUCGACAGUGAGGCAAAGAGGGCGCGAGAAGACUCUGAUCACUCGGAACAUGUUACGGUCUCGUCUCUUCUGGGUGCGUUCUUUCUUCACGUCUAUGCCGCCAAUAUUGGCCGUAUGUCUACUUCGACAGUAUAUCUCGGUGAAGCUAUUACCAAAGCGCACAUGGUCGGGUUGCACAAGCCUUCGUACUAUCAGAAUAUGGACGUUGAGCGUCUCCAAUACAACGUGAGGAUAUAUUGGCUUCUCUUCAUCACUGAAAGGGCCCACUCAAUUCAAAACGAUGUACCGACGAUGCUCAAACGUUCUCUUGAUCUGCCACAACUCGAAGAUCUCAACGACGGCUCAGUAACUCCAGCUUUCAUCCAGCUCUGCCGCCUCUUCAACAUACUUGACGCUACGCUCACUGCAGACCCUACGGGUGCCCGUAGUGCACUCGCGCUUGCACAGCAGCAACUUGACGAUGAUGCAUCAACCAGGAGCUUAGACAAUGUUUUGCAGCGCGCCGACAUUUCGAUGACGCAACAGUGGAUGCGGAUCUUCCUUUGGCAACACGCUCUGAGUGUUACAAAUCUACGAUCAUCAGACCAAGACGAUGGAUUUUCAUUUGCCUUCCCUGCAAAGGUUGCACAGAACGCGUUAUCAUUUCUGUGCACGCUACCAAAGGAAAGUCUAGAAGCUCACGGUCCUGGCAUGGAGUCCAAGUUGUUCGACAUUGCCAAUUCCCUCGCCGACGUAAUGAUAUGCGUUCCGUCCCUGAACCAAGACUCUGGGUUUGGCAUGGGCCCAAGAGAUCUAAUUCAUUCUCUAUCGUCGCUACUCGGCUCAUUCAGAGGCGGUAACCCUGCCGUCACCAGCAUUCUACAGGACAAGUUAACAACAUUGGGUCUCUCCAUCUCGUCACCGCAAAAGAGACUCACCGAUCUCUCGUCCUCAGAAGACGAGCGCGAUAAUUGGGGAGAGGGCACGCCGCGAUCCCUGACCUGGAGUGAUAAUGGCGGAUGGAAAUCUCCUGUAACAUCGCUGUCACCAAAUUUCCCAAACAUCCUGUCCUCCUUGUAA